GGGUAGGGCGCCGCCUCCCCACUGUCUCCCUCUCCGCUGCGGUCAUGUAGGAAAUUGUAAAUCAUGCGAAGAUGGGACUCUUGGUCUUUGUGCGCAAUCUGCUGCUAGCCCUCUGCCUCUUUCUGGUCCUGGGAUUUUUGUACUAUUCCGCAUGGAAGCUACACUUACUCCAAUGGGAAGACUCUAAUUCAGUGGUUCUUUCCUUUGACUCCGCUGGACAGACACUAGGCUCAGAGUAUGACCGGUUGGGCUUCCUCCUGAAGUUGGACUCUAAACUGCCUGCUGAGUUAGCCACCAAGUACGCCAACUUUUCAGAGGGAGCCUGCAAACCGGGCUAUGCUUCAGCCCUGAUGACCGCCAUCUUCCCCCGGUUCUCCAAGCCAGCACCCAUGUUCCUGGAUGACUCCUUUCGCAAGUGGGCUAGGAUUCGGGAGUUUGUGCCGCCUUUUGGGAUUAAAGGUCAAGACAAUCUAAUCAAAGCCAUCUUGUCAGUCACCAAAGAGUAUCGCCUGACUCCUGCCUUGGACAGCCUCCGCUGCCGUCGCUGCAUCAUCGUGGGCAAUGGAGGUGUCCUUGCCAACAAGUCUCUGGGAUCACGAAUUGAUGACUAUGACAUUGUAGUCAGACUGAACUCGGCACCAGUGAAGGGCUUCGAAAAGGACGUGGGCAGCAAAACAACAUUACGCAUCACCUACCCCGAGGGCGCCAUGCAGCGGCCUGAACAGUAUGAGCGUGACUCUCUCUUUGUCCUCGCUGGCUUCAAGUGGCAGGACUUCAAGUGGUUGAAGUACAUCGUCUACAAGGAGAGAGUGAGUGCAUCGGAUGGCUUCUGGAAAUCGGUGGCCACUCGAGUGCCCAAGGAACCACCUGAGAUCCGCAUCCUCAACCCGUAUUUCAUCCAAGAGGCCGCCUUCACCCUCAUCGGACUGCCCUUCAACAACGGCCUGAUGGGCAGGGGGAACAUCCCAACCCUUGGCAGUGUGGCAGUGACCAUGGCGCUACAUGGCUGUGAUGAGGUGGCAGUUGCAGGCUUUGGCUACGACAUGAGCACACCCAACGCGCCCCUGCACUACUAUGAGACCGUGCGCAUGGCAGCCAUCAAAGAGUCUUGGACACACAACAUCCAGAGGGAGAAGGAGUUCCUGAAGAAAUUGGUGAAAGCGCAUGUCAUCACUGACUUAAGCAGUGGCAUUUGAGUGGGCCCAGCACUCGGCCACGUAGGCCUAGGUGCUAUCAGAGCAAGUAGCAGCCACCUGUGCAGGAGUCCUCAGACCCAGAGAAGGACAGUGCCAAGAGGCCCCAGGGGCAGUGAGGCCUUGGUGAAGUAGCCAGAGCUGUGCCUGUUCGGAAGCCAGCCUCAGAGACCAGCACUCAGCCUCUCUCAGCCUGGGUCCGUGAAGCCAGAGGGCCAGGAGGCCACUGGCUGUGCCCAGCAGGCCCAGCAUGCAGGAGGUGGGACAUUAGGCAGCAUGGCUGCUGCCAGAAUUGUUUCUCCAAUCAGUGUUUGGUGUAUUAUCAUUUUGUGAAUUUGGGCAGGGGGGAGGGGGGGAUAAUUUAUUUUUAAAUAAGGUUGGAGAUUGUUUGGUCCACUUGCUGUGCAGGAAGAGGCCCACUAGAGGGCCCAUCAAGCAGUGGUACCAGUUAGCUCCCUGGAGGGUAGGAAUGCAGUGACCAGUCUGUGCUGCACUCCAGGACCAUAGGGAAGUGGGCAGCAUCUCAUGCCAGUCCCCUCCAGCUCACCACACUGUUUGGCCUUUCUUGGGGAGAAGAUGUGGUAUUCCCACUCACCAGCCCCCAGCUGUCCUGCAGGGAAACCCUGGAGCCAUCCCUUCGGAGCCAACAGGACAGCCCUGGGCUAGAGCCGAGAGAACUCGAAAGCUCAGGAGGCCCAGCCCAGCUUAAUGGGAAUGGCUGUCCUCCCCAGCCACACCUGAUCCAUGGGACACCACCCCAGCCUGCACUGACCCACUUGGCAGGUGUUCUGGGUUUCCACAAUGAGACUGCUAAGUCCUUGAGUUUUGCCUUUAGCCUGGACCAGAGGGAAGUGAGGCCCAAGGACUUUACCUAGGCCGCGACAGCCAUCCUAGGCAGCCCUCAUGGAAGCAAUAAAGAUCUUCCCUGAA